ACAACUUUUAAAAAUCACACCAUCAUCAGCCUGCUGGAGAAUGUCUUCUCCCAAUGUCACUGAAUCCCAUCCUUCUUCAUUCCUAUUGCUGGGGAUUCCAGGGUUGGAAGUUGCACAAAUCUGGCUUGUAUUUCUCUUCUGUGCUGUGUAUCUGAUUGCUCUUGUUGGAAAUGUUAUCAUUCUGUUUGUUAUCUGGGUUGAUCAUAGCCUUCACCAACCUAUGUUCUACUUUCUGGCCAUGCUGUCAGUGAUUGGCCUAAGUCUCUCUACUACUACCAUCUCCAAGAUGCUGGGGAUCUUCUGGUUCAGCCUUCAGGAGCUGUGCUUUGGGUGCUGUGUUGCUCAAGUGUUUUUUAUCCACUUUUUUACAGUCAUGGAGAGCAUUGUACUUCUUGCCAUGGGUUUUGAUCAUUAUGUGGCUAUUUGCAACCCCCUCAGGUACAGCAUGAUUCUUACCAACAGAGUGAUUGGUGUAAUUGCUGUGAUAGUGGUACUAAGAAGCUUAUGCAUGAUUGUUCCCAUCAUUUUUCUCCUCCUGAGGCUGCCUUACUGUGGACACAGAAUCAUCCCUCAUACCUAUUGUGAGCACAUGGGAGUGGCACGUCUAGCUUGUGCCAGCAUUAAUGCCAAUGUCUACUAUGGUCUUGGAAAUAUUUCUAUCUUGUUUCUGGAUGUGCUUCUUAUCAUUGUCUCGUAUAUUAGGAUCUUAUAUGCUGUCUUCCACCUCCCUUCCCAAGAUGCCUGCCUGAAAGCUCUGAAUACCUGUAGCUCCCAUAUUUGUGUUAUCUUGGUCUUCUUUGGUCCAGCUCUCUUCUCUUUCCUCACUCACCGCUUUGGUCAUGACAUCCCCGAGUAUAUCCAUAUCCUCCUGGCUAACCUCUAUGUAGUCAUACCCCCUGCCCUCAACCCAGUCAUUUAUGGCAUCAGGACCAAGUAG